UUUCUUCUACUUGAUCAGAGUUUAAUGAAAUUUUGGGUAAAGAAAUGAAGAGAAGAGCUGAGUUUUCGCCAGACUUGGAUUCAGGGAAGCUCAAAAUGCAUAACAGAUCUGGCAAAUAUGGGAGUGUAACUGAGGAAAUUGAAGGUCUCCUCGCUAGGUCAAGGCAAUUGAUUCCACUCUUUAAUUUUAAAAACAAGUCCAAUGUUAAGGAAGUCUCAAAGUUCAGAAUUGGAAUGGAUUCAAACUUGGCAAGGAGAAUUGAUUUUUUUGAUUUGGAGGAUGAGAGUAAUGAGGCAAAUGAGGUUAAGAAAACACCUGUUGAUAUCAUAUGUAUUGAUUCGGAUGAGGAAGCCAUGGAAGCUCAGAAACCAUCUUAUCAUCCUUGGGAAGCUGAGUCCAUAAAACAGCCUUGUGGAGUUACUGUUGUUGAGGAUAUUGGGAUUGGAAAUCAUAACGUAGAAGAUUCAAGCUGUCAUCAUCCUGAGACCAAGCUAGAGAGGGGUGUUUGUGCUGACAUAGAAGUUGAAGAUGAAGGCAGCCGAAGUAGUGUUAAGGAUAAGGAUGAUAUUGAAAAUGAAGACAAUCACCAAACUGGUGUUAAGGAGACUGAUGAUCUUGAAGAUGAGGGCAGCCGUCAAACUGGUUUUAAGGAUAAUGGUGAUCUUGAAAUUGAAGGCGACGAUCAAUCUAGUGUUAAGGAUGAUGAUGAUCUUGAAAAUGAAAGCAGCCAUCAAACAAGUGUAAAGGAUAGUAAUGAUCUCGAUGAGGCCCCCUGUACAGAUAGCAAAACCCGGGUGGACGAUGCAAGUCUACAUGGAGAAGGAGAUAAGAAACCAUCUCCUCCUCUUCAGAAUGCUGUUCUCACUCAACUCCCUGGAGAAACUUUUGCAAAAGAUAUUGAGGUCGGAGACCAUGCAGAUAGCAAAAGCGCUGAGGAAGAUUCAAGUCCUGAUGAGGAAAUUGAAUCUGAAAUCAAGAAAGAUUAUGGUAUUUAUCUUGGCGUAAACGAUGUAGAUGAAAAUGGUACGGAGGAUGAUGGUCUUGAAGAUGCUUGGAAUGAAAUGUCAAUGGCAUUAGAGCUUACAAAGGAUCCAGUUGUGGACCAUUCAUCAGAGGAAGAAAAGACAGAAAAUGAGGAAAAAUGUGAGCACUCUUUCAUAUUAAAGGAUGACCUUGGUUAUGUUUGCCGCAUUUGUGGGAUCAUUGACAAAGAAAUCGAGAUGAUAUUUGAGUUUCGGUAUAAGGUAAGAAAGAGCACUAGAACAUACGUGCAUGACCGUCACGAAGAAAUCAAAGACAAGGUAGAUGACAUAAUUAAACCGGCUAUGUCUCGGGAGAGAGAGAUGUUAACCACUCUAUUUGCACACCCAAGCCAUUUGAAGAUAAUGAAAGCUCACCAAAAGGAGGGCUUUGGUUUUCUUGUUAGCAACUUGAUGGGAGAUGAACCCGGGGGUUGUAUCCUUGCCCAUGCUCCUGGAUCAGGAAAAACAUUCAUGAUAAUCAGUUUUCUGCAAAGUUUCCUGAAACAGUAUCCGGAGGCUAGACCACUAGUUGUUCUUCCGAAAGGAAUUAUGGAGACAUGGAAGACUGAGUUCAGGAACCGGCAAAUAGAGGAUAUUCCAUUGUAUGACAUCUACAAAGUCAAAGGCAGCAGAGCCCAACAAUUGGAGGUUUUUAAACAGUGGGAAGAAAAGACUAGUGUCCUUUUCUUAGGCUACCAACAAUUCUCUUACAUUGUUUCUACCAAGGGUUCUAACGAAGCAUCAGCUAAAUGUUGUGAUAUGCUAGUUAAGGUUCCAUCAAUUCUCAUUCUUGAUGAAGGGCACACCCCAAGAAAUGAUAACACAGACGUCUUCCAAACCCUUGCCCGAGUAAGGACACCAAGGAAGGUUGUGCUUUCAGGAACCCUUUAUCAAAAUCAUGUGAACGAGGUGUUUAAUGUCUUAAAUCUAGUUCGACCAAGGUUUUUGAGCUUAAAAACAUCUCGUCCCAUUGUGAAACGGAUCAUGAGUAAGGCAGAUUUGUCAAGUGGUAAAAGGCAACCAAGAGCUUGGGGUGAUGCAGCUUUUUUUGAGGCAGUGGAGCAUACCAUUCAGAAAGAUCAAGACUUUAGAAGAAAAGUGUCUGUUAUACAAGACUUGCGCGAGAUGACCAACAAGGUCCUUCAUUACUACAAAGGCGAUUUCUUAGACGAGCUUCCUGGUCUGCUUGAUUUCACAGUAUUGCUCAAUCUCAGUUCCAAACAAAAACAUGAACUUGAAAAAAUAAAGAAGCUAGGGAGAUUCAAAGCAAGUUCAGUUGGGGGUUUAGCUUAUCUGCAUCCGGCAUUGGUGCCAUUUUCUGAUAAGCAAACAGAUGGUAAUAUGUUGGAUGAGGUAGUAAGACAUUUGGACGUGAAUGAUGGAGUGAAGACAAAGUUCUUUUUGAACAUACUAAACUUAUGUGAAGCAAAGAAGGAGAAGCUUCUGGUUUUUAGUCAGUACCUUGAUCCAUUGGAUUUCUUGCAAAAAUUAGCUAUGAAAGAGAAAGGUUGGCAAUUAGAUAAGGAAAUUGUCUUUAUUUCAGGUAAAUCUACUCAAAACUCUAGAGACAGGUCCAUGGUGCACUUCAACAAAUCCCCUAAUGCCAAAGUUUUCUUUGGCUCAAUCAAGGCUUGUGGAGAAGGAAUUUCAUUAGUUGGAGCAUCAAGAAUCAUAAUCCUAGAUGUUCAUCUAAAUCCAUCAGUGACUCGUCAAGCCAUUGGCCGUGCAUUCCGUCCUGGACAGAAGAAGAGAGUAGUUUCGUAUAGAUUGGUGGCUGCUGAUUCACCUGAAGAGGAAGAUUAUCAAGUUUGUUCCAGGAAGGAAUUGGUAUCGAAGAUGUGGUUCGAGUGGAAAGAGUACUGCGGAUACAAAGAUUUCGAAGUUGAGACUGUUGAUGUUAACAACUGUGGUGAUGAGUUCUUGGAAUGCAGUCAAAAACUAGCAGAAGAUAUAAAGGUUUUGUACAAAAGGUAAAUAUCACUAUAUAACAGGUUAGAGUUAAAAGAUAAUCUUACAUAGUUAAUCCAUGUAUUUUUAAUCUUGAAAAUGCCUGAAAAUGAUACAAUGUUUUGUACAGUUAUAACAUACUUCACUUAACAUACCAAUAUAGUGGUUUUUGCUUAAAUGAAUGAAUGGGUGAGUACACUAGAAAAAUUAUGUUGGGAAUGAUGCUCUAAAUUUUAUUUGUAAAUUUCAAAAGUUUAUAUUAGUAUAUGAGAUUUAAGGAAGAUUAAUUAUGUUCAUCUAAUCAAAAUCCACAAUUGUAUUAGAGAGCAUUA